CUGCGAGGCGGGAAGUUUGAAGGAAGCUAACAGCUGUUAGCCUCCGUGCUAGCGCGGUUCUGAUGAAACAUGCUCCGUCCGCCCGGGACCAGGCCCCCUGCUGCCCGGACCCCCGGGCGCUUCUGAUCCGCUCCACCGGGACCCCCCUCCCGGACCUGGACCGGAGACCUGAAGCUGGACCAGGACCCGGAGCGGUUCAGAUACACGUCCAGAGGCUGCUGAAGACCCGACAGAGACCCGAACCCUGUGCUGCUCCGCGGCCAGAGGCGGCCGGUCAGUCCGGUCGCGACCUCCUGACCUCUCGCUUCACGCCCGGACGUCGAGGAAUCGUUCUCGCGGCUCUGACACAACGCUCUCACAGCGCCCCCCGCAGGAGGGAGGUCAAAGUGAAGCUGCUGAACCCGGGGCCCCCCCAGACCGGCUCCCAGGAUGCAGUUGGGGUGUCGGGGGUCCAGACUCGGGAGGAGCUGAUCUCAGGUCGUCAUGGAGACGUCACCAGCGCAGCAGCGGCGGCGGCUGCUCCUCUCAUCAAGGCUCAGGCCGACAUGGCGACUCGCGUGUGUCAGCUGACGGACGGCGUUCAGCGGCUGCUGCAGGUCGACAGGGAGGACGGGGAAAGGGGGUGGGGCCUAACCCAGGAGACGCUGCUCAGUCGACAGCUGCAGAGCCAGCUGCUGGAGUCGGCUCUCAAGAUAGUGACAGGCCACGCCCACAUGACCUCUACAGCUUCUGACCUCACAGUCUCUGGUCCCAACCCUAACCCAUCUCAUCUGCAGGUCACACACCUGGACACUGGAGCAGCCCCCCACAGCAACCAGCAGCACAGCUCCCCGGCAACCAGAGCUGCCGCCGCCGUGGAGACCGACCCAGUUGCCAUAGCAACACCCAGCUGUGACCGAAGGCCAGAGCAAACCAGGGAGGAGUUCUAUCACCAAGCUGCUCCCAGCGUAACCAUAGCAACGCAGCUACACACAGAGACACAGUCGCAGUCGCCUGCCGAUCGCAGUCGAGUGGCAGCGGGAGAAGACCACCAGGUGAUGAGGGAGAUGAGACGCCUGGAGUCUGAGAUCAAGAUGCUGCUGGCGCAGCCACACGACUCUGUGGAAACCACCAGGCCUCCCCCGGACCAACACAGGUCUCAGAAGAACCUGCUCCUUUCCCAACAAGUCCAGGACCAGCAGUCCCAACAAGUCCAGGACCAGCAGUCCCAACAAGUCCAGGACCAGCAGUCCCAGUCCCAACCACCUCAGCACCAACAACACAACUCAACAACCCAACCCGUUCACUCCCAACAACCCAGGUUCCAACAAAACCAGAGCCAGUUCCAUUCCCAGUCUGUGGUGGUCCACAGAGGGCCUGUGGUACCAUCCAUGUUGGAGGAGGCGGGGGGGGUUCUGCGUCAGGUCCGGAGACAGAAGAAGGUUCUGGAGGAGAACCUGGAAGCUCUGCUGAGGGCCAAGAACGCAGAGGUGCUCCACUGCCGCCUGGAGGCACUGGCUGCCAACAGAGACGGGACUCAGGAGGCUCGGAUCAAGAGGACGGUGGACGCCUGGAUCAGCACUUUGUCCAAAGACGUCCAGGCUGAGAAGUCCCCAGAGAAGGCAGCCAGGAGCUCCGCCCCCUCAGGGAGGGGUAGGCCAAUCAGUGUGCUCAGACAGACAGGAGGUCCAGGACAGAGAGCUGGACACAGAACGGUGCAGGGGGCGGAGCCUGUCCCAGGUGGGCUGAUCGACCGAGCCCAGGUGGAGGGGGAGUCGUACCUGACCCGUCUGUACGGCCGAGCUCCGUCUGAAGGUCAGAGACGAACCCUGAAGAAGAGUCCGUACCUUCGCUUCACCUCACCGGGCUCGCCACGCAGCAGGAAGCCCCGCCCCCGCCUGGUGGAGAGCGUCAGAGGUGUGAAGGUAAAGUCGUGUAAGACUCAGACCAGUUUGACUCCUCCCCUCAGUCCAUCACCUGGUCGACUGCAUCAUCACCUCAUCUUCAGCUCCUCCCACAUUAUGCCAGCUGACCCGGCUGACCUUACAGUGACCCCUGCUGACCCUGUUCCCAUGGCGAUCCCACUGGGUCGUCGCAGGGUGGACUCUUCCUCCAGGUGUGUCACUCAGCAUCAGCAGGAAAUGACAUCACCACCCGCCCCUCCCACCACAGCGGUCGAAGCGCCUGAGCAACAACCACAGGUGGUGUUGUGUUCACAGAGGGAGGAGCGGCUAAAUGCUGGAGAAGCUCCGCCUCCUGCUCCAUCACACCUUGUCAUCGAGACAAAGAGCGAGGAGGAAGAGGAGGAGGAAGAGGAGGAGGAAGAGGAGAUGGCCUUCCCUGGAGCUGACUUCCUGUCUGUGGCUGACCAGGAGGAGGAGAGUGUGGUGGGGGGGGAGGCUGUGGAGCUGGAGGGGGGGCCGUCUCCUGCUCCCUUCAUGUACCAGGGUCCAGCGUUCCCUCCUCAGGGCGGCUCCGCCCUCCCUGCCCGGGACCCCGCCCAGCAGGGCGGCGCCCUGGAGGAGCGUCUGGUGGCGUGGGUGGAGCAGCAGCUGGUGUCCAGGAUGAUCUCAGAGAUGUACCGCCCCCCCCCCUCCGACCCCACCCACAACCGCUCCACUGACCAAUCAGAGCCGGAGGAGCAGAGCUUCACCUCCGACAUCGUAGAAGCAGCCGGAGCUGGAGGCCUGCAGCUCUUUGUGGACUCCAGCGUGUCGGUGGACUCGGCUCUGAUCCGGCAGCUGGUUAACGAGGUUCUGACAGAGACUGUGGUGUCGAUGCUGGGACAGAGGGAUCCACCGGACACAGAACCAGAACCAGGACUGGAACCAGCGCCACCAGGACCAGCAGCACAUCAGGAGGACGACCGGGUUCCACUGGUUCCCACACCGGUACCGACCCCUCCACCCAGCCCGACCAUUACCAUCAACCGGACCACGCCCCCGACCACGCCCCCCGCAUCUGAGCCAACCAGCCUGCUGAUUGAGGAGUGUCCUCAACCAAUCACAGCUGCAGAGCUCAUGGUCACGCCCACACCCACUCCUGACCCCGCCUCAUCAGCAGGAAGUCCACCUCCCCUUCAUCAAGCCACGCCCCCUCAGACCUGGCUGGAUGCUGAGCUGCCAUUGGACGAGGAGCGACCAGAGGAGGAGCCGCUGGUGAUGACAGUACAGGAGGAGGAGCCUCCUCUCUCCUCCCCCUCCGUGUCCUCGCUGUCUCCUCGUGGUCCUGAUGCUGACCCUGGACCAGCGUCCCCCCCCCGCUCUGUGAGCCCUGCAGCAGUGAAGCUCAUCUCAGAGGGAGAGGUGGUCUUCAGCCUCAACCAGAGAACUUCUACCACAGAGGACGGGGCCGUCUGCAGUUUCUCCAGCUCUCUACAGGAGCUGCACGACAUGGACUAUGACCCCCCUAGUGAAGGUGAGGUCAGAGGUCACAGCCUCCUGCUGACCCUGCUGACCAAGAUGGAGCAGGGAGUCACACCCCGAGGAGAGAGACCACAACCUGAGGGCUCCUGGGGGGGGCGGGACCAGGGUCAGGAGGAGGAGCUGAGCAUGGGAGAGGUGACAGACCAUCGAACUACAAAAACUCACAGGACUACAAAUCCCAGGGACCACAGGAGGAGAGCGGCGGCCCGGCGGAGUCGGAGCUCGUCCCCGGGACAGAUCGCUGAGGGUCCAGCCGAACCCGAG